CGCACGGAUAAUUCAGCCAUCCAACCCGUGCAGCUCCACCACCACAACCACCACCGCCACGCGUAGAUACGAUCACACACUCGUGGCAGAAUUUUUUUUAAAAAAGUUUUUUUUUUAAAUAGCAGCCGAUUGUUUUAUUAUCGCACACCGCAUCCCACGUUUAGACACCGUUCGAUAGAAAGAGCUUUGCCUAUGCAACGUCAGUAAUACUACCGCGAAUGAUGACGAUACUACUUCAAUAGUGAAACAAGAACAUUGUUUUGACCUUGCUGAUAUUAUCUCGGAUUCAUAAACGGUGUUGAUUUAGUGAGCUAACACAUACACGUACAUGGACACGUAAAGAUAACGGUCUAAUCGUGUGUACGUGAUACACAUGAAUUCACGUAAAUAAACGCAACCACCUACCGACACUGCGUAGACUUAUAAUAGAUUGUUGUGAGCCAAUUAUGUUAGCGAGCACCUAUUUCAAUAAACACCUAUCCGUUAUUUCACAAGCACUAACACACACCUCUCACUCUUGGUAAAAGCGGCCGAGAUAAAAUUGUCAACUCACAAUCGUUAAUUAACAUCGUCACCACCACUACCAUUGUCAUAUCGAGUCAAACUUUGUAAACCGGGCCACCAAAACUCCUCCACACAACCUCGACCACGCCACCAACAAACACAUCACCACCACCACCACCGUUUCCCACGACCCAUUAUCAACUUGUAUCAAAAGACGAAUUUAACCGACGAUUAGACGCACGGGGCUCGUUAAAUAAUCUCGCGCAAAUUUUGUGCCAUUCGGAGCCCUCGCCAAAUCAGCCACCAUGAACGGCACAGAGGGAGACAACUUUUACGUUCCCUUCUCGAACAAGACGGGCCUGGCUCGCAGUCCGUACGAAUACCCCCAGUACUACCUCGCCGAGCCAUGGAAAUACUCGGCUCUGGCCGCCUACAUGUUCUUCCUCAUCCUCGUGGGCUUCCCCGUCAACUUCCUCACCCUGUUCGUCACGGUGCAACACAAGAAGCUGCGGACGUCGCUCAACUACAUCCUGCUCAACCUGGCAAUGGCCAACCUCUUCAUGGUCCUCUUCGGCUUCACCCUCACCAUGUACAGCUCCAUGAACGGCUACUUCGUUUUUGGCCCGACCAUGUGUAGCAUCGAGGGCUUCUUCGCCACUCUGGGCGGCGAGGUGGCUCUCUGGUCCCUCGUGGUCCUGGCCAUUGAGCGCUACAUCGUCAUCUGCAAACCCAUGGGCAACUUUCGCUUCGGGAACACCCACGCCAUCAUGGGGGUGGCCUUCACCUGGAUCAUGGCGAUGUCCUGUGCGGCUCCACCCCUCGUCGGCUGGUCCAGGUACAUCCCGGAAGGAAUGCAGUGCUCGUGUGGGCCCGACUACUACACGCUGAACCCCAACUUCAACAACGAGUCGUACGUGGUCUACAUGUUCGUCGUUCACUUCCUCGUCCCCUUCGUGAUCAUCUUCUUCUGCUACGGGCGCCUGCUGUGCACAGUCAAGGAGGCUGCCGCGGCCCAGCAAGAGUCGGCGUCCACGCAGAAGGCUGAAAAGGAGGUGACACGCAUGGUGGUGCUCAUGGUGAUCGGCUUCCUCGUGUGCUGGGUGCCCUACGCCUCCGUGGCCUUCUACAUCUUCACUCACCAGGGUUCCGACUUCGGCGCCACGUUCAUGACCCUGCCGGCCUUCUUUGCCAAGAGCUCGGCCCUCUACAACCCGGUCAUCUACAUCCUCAUGAACAAGCAGUUCCGCAACUGCAUGAUCACCACGCUGUGCUGCGGGAAGAAUCCCCUGGGCGACGAUGACUCGGGAGCCUCGACCAGCAAGACGGAGGUCUCCUCCGUGUCCACCAGCCAGGUGUCCCCCGCCUGAGACGCGUCCGUGCGACGCCACGACCAGGAGAUCUGACCGACCACCUGGAGGAGGAGGAGGACGGGGGGUGGGGAG